AUGGAGCAAACUCUAUAUUUCAUUCUUCCUCUCAUUGCUCUCUGCUCCGUAUCUGAAUGUGUUCAGCGUCAGUAUCACUUUAUAAAUGAGAGGAAGACCUGGACUGAAGCUCAGAGAUACUGCAGAGAGAAUUACACAGAUCUGGCCACCGCUGACAACAUGAACGACACGAACGAGCUGAAGAAGAGUGUGAAUGAUGGAAGUGUUCAGUAUGUCUGUAUUGGGCUGCAGAAGACGGGUCGUGAUAAAUGGCAGUGGUCUUCAGGUGAACCUGCGCUCUAUCUGAACUGGGCUCCUGGACAACCAGAAGGCAGCUUUUGUGGUAUGAUGAAAAAUGGACAAUUUGAGGAUUUGUCAUGUACUGAUGCCCAACCUUUCAUCUGCAACAACACAAACACAGGACUUGUCUUUAUCAAUCAGCUGAAGAGUUGGAGAGACGCUCAGAGUUACUGCAGACAGAAUCACAUUGAUCUGGUCAGUGUGAGAAACCAGAACGAGAAUCAACAGGUUCAGAAGAUCAUUAGUGAUAAUAAUUUAUCUGGAUCACAUCUGGUGAUCGGUCUGUUCAGAGACUCAUGGCAGUGGUCAGAUCAGAGUGACUCCUCAUUCAGAGACUGGGACACUAAUCAACCUGAUAAUCAGGGAGGUAAUGAAAACUGUACAGUUGUUAAUGCUCAGCGAAAAUGGAACGACAUCUCUUGCACCAAUCAGUGUCCUUUUAUGUGUCAUGAAGAUAAACUGAUUGUGAUCAGAGAGAAUCUGACGUGGUCUGAAGCUCUGAGAUACUGCAGACAGAAUCAUGUGGAUCUGGUCUCAGUUCAUUCAGAAGAGAUUCAGCGUUGUGUGAUGAACGUGGUUAAACGAGCGUCUACUGCGGAGGUGUGGUUGGGUUUACACAACUACUGCAUCAUGAACAUGUGGCUCUGGGUGAGUGGAGAGACUGUGUGCUAUCAGAACUGGGCUCCAGGGAACGGAACGAAACCGGAAAACUGCAGCCUUGAGAACAGAAAAGGAGCAGUUCAGUCUGGAGGAGAUCAGCGCUGGAUCAGCCUUCCUGAAACUCACAAACUCAACUUCAUCUGCAGCAGAUAUUAAGAG